AUGCAGUCAGAACACCACGACGGCGGAGAUACCAUCAACUGCAACUCGUUGCCCUGGCUCCCGCUGGCACCCAACGUCUGGGUCCGGAUUGUGAAGAUGGACGCCGAAACAGGCUCAUACACCAUCAUGGUGCGCGCCGAGCCCGGGGGUGUGCUUCCUCGUCACCGCCAUCUAGCCAACGCAGCCAUCUACAUCAUCAAGGGCAACGGCGCCCACCCGCAGACCGGCGCCUUCAAGCAGGGAGACUUUGUGACCGAGCGCGAUGGCGCCACCCACGAGCCGCUGCACUUCCACGAAGAGUGCGAGUUGCUCAUGAUUAGCGACGGGCCCUCGGCCUUCUUGGACGACGCGGACAGAACCCUGUUUUUGAUGGAUGUGCCCAUGCUGCAAGGGCUUCAAGCCGCCGCCUCUGCCUGA